AUGCCUUUAGAAAUAAGAGUUAAAAUUAAAAGAAAACUCAUCGGCAAUCUGAACUCGUACGUGAACAAGUUUUUCGGGAGUUUGUCGUAUUCGCAUUGGAAAUAUAACAUGGUGGAUGCGGAAUUCAAACGAAAACUAAAUGAAAUCCGUGAGAAAGUAGAAGAUCUUUUUGAUUUUGAAGGAUGUAAAGUUGGACGUGGGACAUAUGGAAGUGUUUAUAAAGCCAAACUUAAAGAUGGUACAGACGGUAGAGAUUAUGCAUUAAAACAAAUUGAAGGUACUGGUUUAUCUAUGUCUGCGUGCCGAGAAAUAGCUCUUCUUCGUGAGUUAAAGCAUCCAAAUGUAAUUACUCUACAACGAGUUUUUCUGAAUCAUACAACUAGGCGAGUAUGGCUGCUAUUCGACUUUGCAGAACAUGAUCUUUGGCAUAUUAUAAAAUUUCAUAGAACAACUAAAGCAAAUAAAAGUACAGUUCAAGUCUAUGGCAAUAUGGUCAAAAGUUUAAUGUAUCAAAUAUUAAAUGGAAUCCAUUAUUUACAUGACAAUUGGGUUUUACAUCGAGAUUUGAAACCUGCAAACAUCUUAGUUAUGGGUGAAGGUCCUGAUCGAGGUCGAGUUAAAAUAGGUGAUUUAGGUUUUGCUCGUCUAUUUUAUCAACCACUGAAGCCAUUAGCUGAUUUGGAUCCAGUUGUUGUGACAUUUUGGUAUCGUGCACCAGAAUUGCUACUAGGAGCUAGACAUUAUACAAAAGCUAUUGAUAUAUGGGCCAUUGGAUGUAUUUUUGCAGAAUUACUAACAUAUGAACCUAUAUUUCAUUGUCGUCAAGAAGAUAUUAAAACAAGUACACCAUAUCACAAAGAACAACUGGAGCGUAUUUUUCGUGUAAUGGGAUAUCCACCAGAUGAUGCUUGGGUUGAUAUGAAAAAAAUGCCAGACUAUCAUCAAUUAUUACGUGAUUCCAUAAGUAAAAAAACCUAUGGUAAAUAUUCACUGGAAGGUUAUUUUGAAGAGAAAAAAUUCAAAGUGGAUGAAAGGGAAUUAGCUUUGCUCAGACGUUUGUUAACUAUGGAUCCUGUUAAACGUUUAUCUGCUGCUGAGGCUAUGGAAGAUUCUUAUUUCAAGGAAGGUGAAAAACCAAAUAAUGAUGUUUUUGGAAAUUUACCUAUACCUUAUCCUAAACGAGAAUUUAUCUCUGAUGAUGAUUCUGAUGAUAAACAAACUGGUGCAGAUAAGAAUGUCACACAAACUGCACAACAACAAAACGCUACUGGAGGAAGACAAACUACAGCACAUCCUACUGGUGGCAGUGGAAUGCAUACUACACAUCCUCAUCAAUCUCAGCAACAAUCUCAACAGCGUGGAAAUAAUGCUCCACAACCUCAAUUACCAUUGCCUCAACAACAACAGAGAACAAAUGGACAACCACCUCCACUGAAUACACAGCAACAACAUAUGAACUCUGGUCAAUCUAAUCCCCAUACAAGACAAUUAAUUCAUCAACAGAAUAAUAAUGAUGACAUACCAUCUAAUAAACGUAUUCGGUUAUCCCAGGGGAAUAAUGACACAUCGAUUGCACCACCACCAUUACCAUCCUCCUCGACAACGUCAACAUCUACAUCAGUUAACAGUAGUGGAAUCUUACAUACAAACACAAAUAAACCCACUAUAACAGGACAGUCUCAGCAGUUAUCUAAUACUACUACUACUACUACCACUUCAGGUUAUGCGAAUCUGCAACAACAACAGCCAAUGAGAAAUCUUCCACCUAGUCAUAUGGGACAUCCGGGAACUUCUUAUCCACGCUAUCACCACUAG